AUGUCGUACUUCCGCAUCACUCUGCUUCGCUCGUCAAUCGGCCUGCCCAAGCAGGCGUCGGGCGUCCUCAAAGCCCUCGGUCUGCGCAAGCGCAUGAAGACCGUCUACCACCCCGUAUCGCAACAGGUCGCCGGUCAAAUCUUUGCCGUCAAGGAACUCGUCGACGUCCAGGAGGUUGAUCAGAAGUUCUCUCCGGAAGAACUCAAGGAACUCAGGAGGCCCGACUCUGGCUUCUAUGUCGAAAGCCGUGUCCAGGAUCAGCGCAUGGAUUGA